CUGCCACAUGUAUGGAAGAAUCGUCAUUUGGGAGUCAUUUGAGAACGAACUCACACGCGAAGUGUUCGGUUUAUGCCCGCGGGACCCAUGCGUCACUAUCUGCCAGGAAACCAGAGAAGGCUAAACAAAUGGUCACGUCUUGGGUUGUUUCACUAUAUAUAACGCCCUUCAUCGAUUUCACGACAGCCUUCAAACACCAACACCAGGCCUGUUCUUUAGUUCCAUGAGGUCCUUCCUUCUUUCCAUCAUCUCCUUAGGCGUCGCAGAGCUGGUUGCUGCGCAGCAAAUAUUUGACAUAUGGCAAACGACCUGGGAUCGCCAAAAACUGUUUACUUCAUCGCCUCCGUCACCGCCCAUAAAUUUCCAAUCACCAAGUGGAAUUGGUCAAGCUGAUAUAGUCGUCGAUGAUACAGCGGUCUUUCAGCCUAUCUUUGGGUUUGGAAGUACGCUAACCGACAAUUCUGCUCUCAUGAUGAACAACCUCAAGUCUAGAAACCCGACCAAUUACCGGAAUUUGCUCAAUUUCCUCUUCUCACCGACAGAUGGCGCGAAUGCAGCGGGGCUGUCGUAUAUUCGGGUACCGUUGGGAGCAUCGGAUUUCUCUGCCGGUGUAUACAGUUAUGAUGAUUCUUCCGGCGAUACCUCGCUCAAUAACUUCAAUGUCAACCGCGCACCCUCAUACCUAUUCUCUAUCCUGAAAGACAUUCGUUCAGUCAAUCCUUUGGUCAAAGUACACGUUCUUCCUUGGUCACCGCCCGCUUGGAUGAAGAACAGUAACACCAUGGAGGGUGGCUCACUUAACUCUAAUCGAGUUCAGCCCUUUGCGAACUAUCUUUUGAAAUGCUUGCAGGGCUUCCAAAGCCAAGGGAUACCCGUCUAUGCGAUUAGCAUUCAGAAUGAACCCCAGAACAACAAUCCUACUUACCCUACAUCCACAUACACACCUCAACUUGAAGCCCAGGUAGGGUUGGCACUAAGGACUCUCAUGAACAACAACGGGUUCAGCGGCACGAAGUUGAUCGCCUACGAUCAUAACUGGGAUAAUGCCGGGACAUAUCCUGUACAAGUACUCCAGGCAGCUCCUAAUGCCUUCGCUGGUGCAGCUUUCCACUGCUACGGGGGAAGUGUCGGGCAACAAGAUGAUUUCCGCAAUAAGUUCCCAAAUAAGGAGGUCUAUUUCACGGAAUGUUCCGGUACUAUUGGGUCGGAUUGGUGGAGUGAUAUCAAGUGGUACAUGGAUAAUAUUUUCAUCGGAUCUGUCGAACAUGGUUCUAGCACCGGUCUCAUGUGGAAUAUCGCACUUGAUGGCAAUGGCAACCCCAAACUCCCAGGUACCAACAGUUGUGGCGGACCAGGGUGUCGAGCCGUCGUUCAAAUCAACAGCGAUGGAACUUGGAGCGUUAAUCAAGAAUUCUACGCAAUGGCGCAAGUAUCCAAGGCAACUAUCCCCAAAGACGCCGGAGGGCCAUUUGCUAAACGAAUCGGUGUCAGUGUCGGGGGCGAGUUGAACUGGGCAUUGAGAGUUGGAGCAUUUGUAACAGCCCGCAACAAUCCGAGUGAUUUCCUGAGGUAUUCUUUGGUUAUUCUGAACUGGGACGACCACACAGGUGGCUCGUGGAACCCGCAACCGGUCCAAACUACCAUCGAGUUCAGAGGAAUGCAAGCCCGGUUGACCUUACCUGUUGGGGUAACGACACUUUGGUGGUUCGCACCCAACAAUGGUAACAGUCUGGAAUCUAACAACUCUACCACGCCAGUGGCGAUCCCCAUCCAUGGUAGCGUUGGUGUCGGAGAAGGAGAGAAGAAACAACAACCCCUUGGAUUCUUCCAGAGAACCUUUAAGCAUAUUGGACACCAGUUAUCGCAUCUAGCACGCAAAUAGGUUCUCAAAGCUAUACGGGUUGAACAUAAUAACUCAGGGAUGGGUGGCGGACUUCUAAGUAUAUUCAUCUUCUCAUUCUUCAUGACACGACUUGUACACGCCCCGGCAAAUUAUCACUAUACCUAGUUCACGACUGUUCAUGACCUGGUUUUUUUGGCACACGAUUUUACGACCUUACAUGUAUCUAUACGCAUUGCGGUCUCUUUUGUCGUUAAUGUACUAGUAUUACAAUUAUUUAGGAAGAUAAAAACGAUAUACAG